GCGAGUGUACUUGUUCCCCGUUUAGUACAUAGUAUGAUGUGGUCACCUGGGUUGUGAAUAAGAUGCUUUGAAAAAGAUGCCAGUAUCGACUCAGCAGUUGACUUGAUCGGGCUUCACCGAACAAUGGAGGACUAACUACCAAUAAUACGCCUACCUGAAAAAAUACAAAAGUAAUUAGUGCCUUUAAUAAUUAACAACAAAGCACUUUAUCUAAUUGGAAUUCUACUUUAUCAUUAUGAACGGGUAAUUGAUAGUAUAAUAUCGGUAAGACAAAUAAUAAGGCACCCAUUCUGCCUAUCAAUGUAUCAGACAUAAUGUGAAAUCAAACAUUGCAACAGUGACAGACGGUCGUGUUCGUUUCGCUGUUUAUAAACAAUGGACGUGAUAUAACUUCAAAUAAACGGUGCAUUGGAAUUACUUCGAAAAUGGCGGAAGAAAAAGUUAAACCUGUGGACGUCGAAGAAAAACCCCUAAAUAAAGAUGUUAUCCAGAAACUAUAUAAAGACAAAAGUUUUCGGGAGAAGUUGGGCUACAUCAGAGAUAAUAUCACUGUUGAACCUUUGUUAGCGGGCCUGAUUAUACCCAGUGUUAUAUCAAGAUUUGCUAUGGGCAAUCUUAAUUUGGACAAAGCCUGUCGUGUUAACUUAGGUUUCGGAGACGAGAUUUGCGACGCACUUAUUAAGAAAACGAGCAAAAACUACUCGGAAUACGAAAAAGAGGUUCAACAAUUGAUUUCUUCUAUAGACAUUUGGAAGGGAGUGAUCCAAACGGCUUUACCAUGCAUCAUAAUAAUGUUUCUGGGCGCUUGGAGCGACAGGACUGGGAAAAGGAAGAUAAUUAUAAUGCUACCGAUUUACGGAGAAGUUCUAACGUCUUUAAACAAUUUGGUCAACGUGUAUUUCUUCUAUGAGAUUCCUGUGCAAGUUACUGUGUUCUUAGAGACGUUGUUUCCAGCUAUUACUGGUAGUUGGGUGACUAUGUUCUUGGGUGUAUUCAGUUAUAUAAGUGACAUUACUUCGGAGGAAUCUAGGACAUUUAGAGUGGGUCUGGUGAACUUCUGCAUGACUGCUGGUCUGCCUAUCGGGAUCGGCAUGAGUGGGUUCCUACUUCAGAAGAUGGGCUAUUAUGGAAUAUUCUCGAUGACAACUGUGAUGUUCAUCUUGGUACUUAUGUAUGGUACUUUCUGCUUGAAGGAGCCUGAUCAGUGGCUUCAGGAUAAAGGAUUGCCUCCGAUUGAAAGAGCUGGUAACUCAAAUGUAUCAUUCUUCGACCUAUCGCAUGUGGUGGAAACUGUGUCGGUGGCGUUCAGGCCGCGACCUUUCGACAGGAAGGUCAAGGUCAUCCUCACUCUGCUCAUGGUGUUCUUACUUUUUGGACCUACUUCAUCGGAGCAUACAGUCUUCUACCUGUUCGUGAGGAACCGACUGAACUGGGACAUGGUGAAGUUCAGCGUCUACCUCAGCUACUCCAUCGUUCUACAUUCAUUCGGUGCAAUGUUCUCAAUAACAGUGCUGAGCAAGCGCAUGCAGAUUGACGACUCCGUGCUGUGCCUCGUGUCUGUCGUCAGCAAGUUUGUUGGCUCCAUAUGGACUGCUUUCGUCACUACUGACAUCGAAAUGUACCUAGUGCCCGUUGCUGAGCUGCUGAAUGCUACCACUUUUACGUCACUGCGAUCCAUCAUUUCGAAGCUGGUGGAGAAACAGGAGACAGCUAAGGUGAACUCGAUGUUCUCCCUGACUGAGACGGUGGCAGCUCUGGUGUUCCACCCCUUCUACUCCUGGAUGUAUAUGAAGACGUUACACGUGUUACCUGGAGCUGUGUUCCUUACCAGUGCUGCUAUUGCUAUACCACCGUCUAUUAUAUUGAUGUUCUUCUACGCCCAGCACAGAGCAAGUGUGAAGAGUACAAGAAAGAAGGCUCUAGAAGCGGAAGAGAAGAAAGACGCAAAGGAGGCCGAAGCCAAGAAGAAUGAUCCUCUCCAGUUCAUCCCAUCGCCAGCUGAAAUUGAAAAAAUUGAAAUGAACAAAAAAAGUUAGCAUUUAGGUGAAAUAACUGGAUUGCAAUGACUCUAUCCGUUGAUUUGCUUACAAGAGAAGGUUAUGACGUGCCUUGUAUGGGACUGAUGUCGAAAUUCUAUCUUGAUUAAGCAAAUCUACAGAUAGCUAGUAUAUUGCAAUCAAUCGACGGUUAGCUUCUUUGAAACUGGAUGAAAAGGUUUUCCACAUGGAUUUGAAAGUACUGCUGUAAAAUUUUGUUUUUAAUUUUGGUUGUACAAAAUUUGUAAUUAGUUAAGCUAAGAUAAAAUCGAAUUAAUACGCACACCGUUAUUUAAGUUUUUUAAGGCAUAUUUACGUUAUGUAUAUUUUAUAAGAUUUUUAGUUAAUAUAGUUUUAUAGUAUGAAUGCAUUGAUUCAGCAAAAAAGAGAAAUCUUCUUGUAAAUAAUAUUAAAGAACUCACUAUUUGUCAAAUAAUACACUUUAACAUUUGUAACUAAAUAUGCAUAUAUUUUGAUGAGUUCUACGAAAAAUGUUAACACAUUUUUUGUGUGUGUGUUUUUUUUAUAUAUAUAUUUGUAAAUAUAACAUUAAUAAAUUGGCGUAAAUAACAUGCAUAUAACAUGAUAUUUCGAUAUUCUGUAGAAAUGGACUGUAACUACAGAUCAUAAUAAUUUAUUAAGGCUAAUUGCUAUUCCCAAAGGCUAUGAUUAGCUUCAUAUUUUCCGGUCUAAUUUGGUAUCUUUGUAAUAUGAGCUUUAUUGCAGCUAUUACAAGGCUUAAUUUAAUUCGAUUCUAAUUUUGUGCUCGGUUUACGGCCGGUUCACACAUGUCUCCGUUUUACUGUUCCGUUUUAUCGUGUACGUUUUUUUUUCGUCGAUGGUAGAUAUGUAGUUGUAUGAGUGACUUCACACAUGGCACAGUAUUCUGUAUACAACUACAUACGCCAUCGACGAAAAAAAAACGUACACGAUAAAACGGGACAGUAAAACGGAGACAUGUGUGAACCGGCCGUUACUUGUAUGUACGUUAUUUUUAUAAUUUCUACGUUAAAUUAGUAUCAAAAGGGCUUGAUGUAUGUUUGAAAAAGUUAUUUAUAAACAAAAAUAUACUUAUAAAGUAAAUUAGUAAAAGUUCUCGAUUUAGUCUUAGGUUCGAAUUACGCACCACGUUCAAUUAACUGUUUAAACCUAAGACUAAAGUUUGUGUGUAGGUACUAAAGAUUUUUUCAUGAGUAGUUAUACCGAUUAAGCCUUUGGGACCAAAUUGAUGCACAUACUUGACUUGUUGUAUAAUGUACCGAACGAACGUACUUAUAAUGUCGCUAAAAAUGUUUAUAAUGCCAUAGUUUAAACAUGUUCAUUUGAAUAAAACUAAUUUUACGGAUUUUAAUCGAGGUUAUAUUAAUUAGUCUGCCCGUGACCAUGGAUGCUGUAAUAGUCCGAAAUGUCGGGAUUAAAUAAUAUAUUUUAAUAUAGCCGCGAUAAAAUCCGUAAAAGUCUUAUAUUCGCUUAAAAGUGUCAGAAAUCAAUAUGGUCAUUUGCUUAAAAAAUACAUUUAAAAUCUGUGUAUGUUUGAGUGAUGAGAAAAUGAAAAUAUUUUUUUAAUAAGUAGGUAGGUAGUAGGUAUGAAAUUAGUAUAACAUUAAAGUAAGAGGUGUGUAUGUUCGAGUCAAAACGACUUGCAUAGGAAAAGUGCUGUGAUAAAUGUACAGAAUGAAUGUAAUAUAACGAUUAAGAAUAAAAUUCUAACUUUUA